AUGGCAUUUUUGGGGCACUUUGUCACCAAGGAUGUCAUUGUAGUGGACCGAGGUAAAGUAAAGGCGGUGGUUAACUACGCGAGACCGUCAAAUGCCCACAAGGUACGGAGUUUCCUAGGCCUUGCUGGCUAUUACAAGAGGUUUGUGGAAGCGUUCUCUAGGCUAGCUGCACCUUUGACCAGACUAACCAGGAAGAAUGACAAGUUUCAGUGGUUAGAAGAAUGCGAGCAAAGUUUUCAAAAGCUGAAGCAACGCUUAGUCACGGCAACCGAUUCUCACUAUUUCAUCGGGGACUGUCAAGGCAGAACAUCAGAGACUUACGGGGUCCUUGCAACCUCACCUAUUCCAGAAUUGAAAUGGGAACACAUUUCAAUGAAAUUCGUGUAUGGCUUUCCUAGAGCUUCGAGUGGCCAAGAUGCAGUGUGGGUCAUUGUGGAUCGGUUGACUAAGAUGACACACUUUCUACCCAUCAAGAUGACUUACAUUAUGGAUUGGUACACGGAGCUUUAUAUCAAGGAGAUUGUACGACUGCAUGGAAUUCCAGCGAUUGCCCGGUUAGAAGGACAGCUUGAAUCUCUGGUUGCUGAAGUCACCAAAAUAGAGGAAGAGGAGCUUCAGGGUCAAGUGAUGGUUGAAGGGCAUUACAUGAUUGAUAAGGAUGAUUCCAGCAAUCCUCGUCAUGAGCAUGUCCAAGCCACCGCAACAUUUGAGAGUGAGAAUGACAAUGAAGAGGAAGAAAAAGAGGAGCACCUGGAGCAGACAACGCCCCUGCCAAAUCCAAAUAUGUCCAAUGACAAGGAAGGAUACGACAUCCAGCGGCUUCCAGCACAGUGA